AAUUUUUUGAUACCGUGUAGUCAGUUCAAUUGGAAUGUGUUUUCUCAGCUGAGAAGAGAGUUAACGCAAGGCUUGGGCUCCAGCCAAGAUCCAAGUCUCCAAACCGCAUUUUCUAUACACAAUAUCGAAACUUUGAUGCUGUUACUUGUAAUCUGAAAGCUGCAGCACUUUUCCACACAUAUCGUUCAUUCCGUGGCAAGCUGUAAACGUGGACACAGUAGUGACUGGGGUUUGCUUGCGUGGAGAGAUACUUAGUGAAUGGUGGUUUCCUACAGGUGUCUGAGAUCGAUAUAAUUCCAUUAGUGCGACCAAAUAAGUGAAAUAGUGAUAUAAUGAACUGAAUACUCGGAAAGUAACAUUGUGAACUCUACUUAAAGACGCAGAACUACUUAGAUAAUCACCCAGGACUAUCGGAUAUUCAGAGGACACUACUUAAAGGAAAAUGAAAUACUUCGGUGGAGUAGAAGGUGGCGCCACACACUCAAAACUUGUGAUAUGUGACGAAAAUGGUGAAACAGUUGCAUCUGUUUCCGGUCCUGGAACCAAUCAUUGGCAACUUGGUAUUCCAGAAUGUGCCAAACGAAUAGCCGAAAUGGUCAAUGAUGCAAAAGAAAAAGCUAAUAUUCCAUUAUCAUUAGAACUAGACUCAUUAGGAUUAAGUUUAAGCGGCUGUGAACAGAAAGCAUCAAACGAUAAACUUGAAAAUGAACUGAGGUCAAACUAUCCUAAUGUUGCUCAAAACUAUGUAGUAUGCAGUGAUACUGUAGGCAGCAUAUAUACAGCAUCACCAAUUGGCGGAAUGGUUCUAAUCGCUGGAACAGGAUCGAACGCGCUUUUAUUAAAUCCUGAUGGUUCAUCGCAUCGAUGUGGUGGUUGGGGACAUAUGAUGGGUGAUGAAGGAAGUGCUUGGUGGAUAUCAAAUCGUGCCGUUAAGUAUGUAUUCGACGACAUGGACAACUUCAUCAGAUCACCUUACCCUACUGAACGCGUGUGGCGUUUAAUCCAAGAACAUUUCAACAUUGAGACACAGGAAGAUCUCCUCCAACAUUGUUAUUCAAGAUUCCAUAAAGCUUUCUUCGCUGGGCUUUGUAAAAAAUUAGCGGAACUUGCGAAAGACGGUGACAAAUUAGCAGCUCUAGUAUUCAGUGAAGGGGGCUCAGUGAUGGCCCGACACGUUCUGGCGAUAACAGAUAAAGUUGAUAAGGCAUUGCUCGUCUGUGACACGCUGGACAUAGUAUGUGUGGGUUCGGUCUUUUUGAGUUGGGACUUACUGUGCAAGAGUUUCAUAAAGGAGUUAGAUACAGCGGAUUUGCCGUUUGCAUUGAGGUUACUUCGUAUUACAAAGACAAUGGCCUACGGAGCUGCGUACAUGGCAGCUGAUCACUUGAAAUUUAACAUGCCCCGGAAUUAUCAAGAUAAUUAUAAAGUGUUCCAUCAUUAUAAACCAGGAGAGGAUCCCAACAAGCAGAUCCACUUGAAUGGAAACUCGAUUGCGAGAUAGAAUAAGGCUCAAUCUUCUUUGAAGCAUGCACUAUUACUUUUACUCACUAUCAAAUAAACAAAACAAUAUUGUCAUAAA